CAGUCUUCUCCUCAUCCUCCCUCCUGAACCCCUCCCUCCUCGCCUCAAACUCGCUCAUCUCCCGCUCCCUCACACUCUCCGCAUCCAUCGCCGCAAGCCGAUCAUACUCCCUUCUCCGCGCGGCUUUAUAGACAUGGAAUUCGCCUGAGCCUGCACCUGCGCUGGAACCUUGAACGUGUGUUACGAAUUCUGGGGGUGGGGCGGGAGAUGUGGAUGUGGUGGAGGGAGGUGGGGGGAUGUGGAGGGGUUUAAGAGGGUCGCGGUUGAGGAGGCGGGAGAGGGAUUCGCGUUGGAGGGAGGUGGGGGAGGUUGCGCGUUUCUUUUUGGGGCGGUCAGAGGUUUGGUCGAUUGAUGUUGGGACGUAGCUUGACAUCGCUUGAGGAUGUUUGAUGUUUUGUGAGGAUUUCGAGGAGGUUGUACGGGCAUGCGGAAUCAUGCAGCCAGUCAGCGAAUCCCCAACCAUGACCCCAAGCGCAUCUACAACAACCACCCUUUCGCCAAUAACCUCCUCCCUUCCCGCCCAUACCUACCUCAACUCUCUCCUCACACCCUCCACCUCGCUAACAGACGCCUCAUCAUUGCUCUCAAUGCUCGACACAGAGUUACGAGGCAAGAUCGCGGAGUUGGGCGUGUUGGCGGAUGAGAUGGUUAGGGUUGGACGGAGAGUUGGAUGGGAGGUGCAGGAGGUUGAGAGGGGGGUUGAGGAGAUUGGAGAGCAACUGGAGAGUCUUGAGCCGAAGGGGAAGCCUAUGACGGGGAAUGGGGCAGAUGGAGGGGCACCGGAGACUGAUGGGGAGGGAGCGCUGGAACGAUUACGAGUCUUGGAAGUGGUACAUGCGCGCUUAGUCGCAACCCGCGACACCCUCCUCUCCGCCCGCGAAACCCUCCCACCACCCGCACCAACACCAACACCCCCACCCGAACACGCCAUAACCUCCGAACUCACAUUCCUCCUCUCUUCCCGCGACUUCCCCCGCGCCGAAAAGCGCGUAAAAGAACUCGAGGAUCUCGUUUCCGUGUUCGAUGGAACCGCGGAAGAAGACGCGCGAAAACGGUGGCUCUCGGCGUUGCGUGUCCAGUUACUGGAGGCGAAGGCGAAGGAGGAGGAGACGCAAAGGGAACGAGAAGGAGGUGGGAGGGGAAGUCGGGAUAGCAGGGAGAGGAGGAGUGUGGAGCGCGAGCAGGAAGGGGAGGGGCAGGGGCAGGGGCAGGGGCAGGGGCAGCACGGCGGGGUGAGGGGGGCACAGGGGUUUUUGAGCGGGUUGAAGGGGAGGAUGGGGUAUUGAGCCGCCAAUACGUUCCUGUCCUCGUUCCUGUCCUCGUGCGGUUCGCUUGUUACCCCGCGUUGACAGACGUGAAUUCAGGACAUCCAGGCACAAGCUUAAGUUUGCGUCAAGGCUUAGCAGCUGGUGCCAGUAGCCAGCAGCCAGACAGCCCCUGAUGCAUGUGCGCAGUUGGCAGAGCCCACGGAUCUUAAGCUUACCGCAAUGAAGGUUCUGUUGAGCGUUCCCGUCGUUGAUACGAGCAUGUAUUUCGGGGUGAUAGGUGUAGCUGGCCGUCGAUGUACUGGAUGUAUGCUCUCUCUCUCUCUGGU